AGUAGCAGUGAGCUUGUAUUUUUCUUCACUUCCCUUCAAGAGCACAGCAUAGAGUUUCUAGAGGGCUAUCAGAUGCAAUGGUAAAAAGCAUACUCGUCAGUAUAUUGUAGACCUCUUAAUACAUUUGACGGAUCCGUGUCGAGUGGAGUAUUUUCGCGCUCUCUCACAGUGUGUAGCGGAGUGUGUUGUUACAAACCCUGGCUUGCUGAGCUUCUACAGCUCUGUGGAGUGUGUUCUGAGCCGUUCUCGGCGGGUCUUGAGUUGUCGUGAAACGCCGUGAAUCGAGUUCGAGUCUCGUGUUUAGUGUCGCGCGCGCGUGUCGUUGUGCAGUGCCCCUAAAGAAGAGUGGUCCAUUAUCAUCCAUCAAUCAGUUAUUUAUUGUUAUUAUUGCCACUAGAUUGCAAUUGCCCAAGAGUCAAAGAGCAAUCCGGUCGUCACACGCGCGGGGGACUUUCUCGAGUGGAAGACUUAAGCUCAAGUGCUGAAUUAUCGUAACUCUUCGUAGUGAGUGUGUGUGGUGCGGUGCUUUCCGGUGUAUUUGUCCAUUUAUUAUCACGGUAGGAUCCUUGAUUGAUACUUUUGCGGCAAGGGCAAAAGUACUCGUGACCAGUGUUUGCUUGUUUUAUGUUUCCUGAAAUAUGCUCUCAGCCAGCGUCUGAGCAGUUGCCCCAGUUUUAAGGAUUACCAAGUCAAGGUCGAUCCUUCAGUGUGAAGUGCUCGUGUCUCCAGAACUUCCCAAACUUGAACCCGAUGACUUCCAAAAACGAUUAAGAACCAUUGUGGACAUGUCCCGACAGUGAAAGUUUGGUGAUUAGUUAAUUCUAAAAGGAAUUCGGUACAUUUUUGAUGGUGGGAAGCAUUUCCGUAGAUUAGCUGAACGUAUCUCUAGUGUGUGUUAGUGUGCUCCAGUGUUGUACAUGUCCACCACACUUUCCAGUGUAUCUGGAGUGUAUCCAGAAGAUUCUGAGCAAGAGCAUGGACUGUUACCCGAUUUGAAUGGUGUGGAUCUGGUUAUGAGCUUAUCGCCGAAAGGAAACCAUCACCAUCACCAUUUGACCAGUCUACAACACCUGCAGAACCUUCAGCACAAUUCUCUACACAGCCAUUCGACGCCUUUUAGCGUCAGCGACAUCCUGAGUCCCAUCGAAGAGUACCGCAAGCUGGAACUCAGCGCCAACCCACCGUCUCCUUAUAGCGGCGGGAGCAGCGUAAACUCGCCCAGUGGCCUCGGUUCCAACACAGUGUCGUCAGUGUCGGCAGCAGCCGCCGCAAGCAGUAUGGCCAACCCUUACCAUGCCAUGGCCCCCUUGUACCACAGUCCGGGCGUGCAGAGCUACUGUGGCCCGACCGAUAACCUCUCGCUGGCCGGCCACUACACCGAUAUGCGCAACUCGGCCGCUGGCUGGUACGGAUCCACAGCCAGUGAUCCCAGAUUCGCAAUAUCCCGGUUGAUGGGUGGCUCUGCGGGUGGCACGAUGGGGCACGCAAUGUCCAACAUGGGGAGCCUGGCGGCGUGUAGUAUGACGGAUACGAAACCAAUGCAGUUCCCGCUGGCCCAGCGACGGAAACGGCGAGUGCUCUUCACUCAACAUCAGGUUUUCGAGCUGGAGCGAAGAUUUAAGCAACAAAAGUACCUGUCAGCGCCCGAACGGGAACACCUAGCCAGUAUAAUAAGCCUCACACCCACCCAAGUUAAGAUAUGGUUUCAGAAUCAUCGAUACAAAUGUAAACGGCAAGCGAAGGAAAAGGCAAUGGCAGAGCAGAACCAGCAUAAUCAGUCAGCCAGCUCACCACGACGUGUGGCCGUACCAGUACUAGUUAAAGAUGGCAAGCCGUGUUCCGGCGGCUCUAAUACCAGCGCUUCUGCUCAACAGCAGCAACAACAGCAGCAGCAGGGUGGCCAACAGCAGCAGCAAAUCAGCGGCAGCAAUAAUUCCCUAACGUCCAGCGGUGGCGGCGGAAGUGGCGGUGGUGGAGGCGGAGGAGGUGGCGGCGGAGGUGGUGGCUCCUCGGUGGUCCUAACCAGCGAUUCCAACCAAACCCACUCACCGGACACGCCCACCACUACGCUCCUAUCGUCGUACCAGGGCAGUCACAACGUGACCGGCCAGAUGCUGCAGCAGCCGUGCAAUAACAGUCUCAUGUCCAACAGCCUAGCCAUGGCGUACCGGAACCAGAACAACUUCAUGGCCAACAGUCAUCAACAGCAGUGCGGAAGCUACCUGCCGCUGCAAACCCGAGCCUGGUAAUAUUAGGUGAUAUGUUAGGUUUUUACUCUUCUUGUUUUAGCCGUUCGCCUCCCGAGAAGUAGUUUUGGUUUUAUCGGGGUUUCAAACAGUACUACAACAAAACCAAAACCGCUUCUCGUGCGAUCGCAUAAAGGGUGUUCUAUCAUUCUUUUGUUCUCCUUGAAAUCCACGCGAGGCAAAAGACAAACGCUGUUAGCCCUCAAGAUAGCUCGUUCUACUUAAUUUUAUAUUAAAUUAAUAUAUAUCUUAGCUAAGCUGUAGGUUUGGUUUUCCCGCGGGAGGGAGAAACGAAUUACUUACGAUACAGAAAGGAAAAUAAUCAAACUGUAAAUAUACACACAUAAAACUAACUAGCCAAUAAGGCGACUCGAGUGCAUCUGGGUUGGGCGCCAUCCUGUUGACCGUGUGGGUCAGGUGGCCAACUCCGCGUAGCCAAUCGAAGGAGACGGCGAAGAAGUUUCAGAAGUGGGAAUAACAAUGGAUUUGAACUUUAAGUACAAUUGUUACUGCUUAGUGAUCGUGUAAAAAGGAAGAAAAUCAACACUUGUCAAACACCAACCGGCCGCGUACAUCGACGAAAUUGCAAUAAGUAAAUAAUGUUGUAUUUAUUGAUCGAUUUAGUUUUAAUUUUCCAUUGAAAAAAAGUUUCUUGCUUAAAGGGUUUGGUUCAUUUUUCAAAUGUUUUUGGAAUCGACAUUCAUCAUGAAGGGUAAUGAAAUUUUAAAUGAGAGUUAAAAUAAUUAAAUGAAUUGUUUUUUUUUUUGGCUAGAAUACUUUGUCGUUGCACUCAUUUAAAAAACAUUGACCAAAAAUAAUUAGUGUUUAAAGAAAUAAUGUUAGUACUGAUUCUUUUUCGUCAGUGAUUUUAUAAGAGUGCAACAACAACAAAUACUCUAUUUAACAGACCUACAGAGGGAUUUAUCCAUUGAUAUGUGUGCACAUCUCUGGUAGACACAGUGUUCCUUCUUCAUAAGCACGAAGGUCUCCUUCUCGGUGUCCAGCCAUUUGACCGAAUGCCAUUUUUUUUUCUCUGGCGCUCUAAAUCAAACCAAUAAUUUCGAUGGUAUCAUGUGCAGUGCCCAUCAUCUCUUGUCCUAUUCCAUGUUUUUUAUACUAAUAAACUUUCAAAGACUGUGAACAUCGUUGUUUCCAUAGGUUUCUCUUCAUUCAACAUUUGUUCAACUAUUGGACAUUAGAUUUUAUUACUUUUUUGCUAGUACGACAAUUUUUAAAAAAAAACCUCGUAGACAGUCGCAGUUACUUCAAUUCGUGUUAGUGCCUCAGGAAUAACACGCAGAAGACUCCACGAUUCUAAAUGACUGACGACGAUCUACAUGCAUUAUUAGAUCAUCGUCGCGAUAAAUGAUCGCACAAUGCAUGGCAACUUAUAAACGAGAUAUCUUUGAUGAAAUAUCGAAGAUAAGAGAUUUGGUCAUCCCAUCUUCUGCAUUUCAUAGCAAUUUUUCUGAAAUAUUUCUUUAAAAGACAAUCUGAUUCGAUUUCUGGUUGCUUGGGUAGUUAGAAAAACCGUUAAAACAUUAAGUCAGUUAUAAAAAGUUCGCCUGCUUUCAACGUCACAAAGAAUUUCAAGAUCAUUCGAUAAACGAACCACAUCCUUCUUUCAUUGUUACACAAAAAAAGCCAAACUUUGGAUUUCAAUCAAAUUGAGCUUCCCACUCACAAAAAAAAAUGACAUCGAUGAAAAUUAGUAGACACACACCAAUCAUGAAACCAACGCAGCGCACCGACAAAAAUUAUCUCAAUUUAAUUAAAGUGUAAAUAGCUUUGAGUCCGUCAGUGCGCCCGUGAAGAGUGGCAUCGAACCAAACCCCCCAAAUCCAGGAACGAAAAAAAAACGAAAUUAAAUCCGAUGGCCGCAAAAUUUAAAAUUAAUUCGACCCCAUCAGGCAGAAAACAGAUUGGUUAGCGCCAUCGGUAAUGUUUGCCAACGAGACUGCGACAAAAGUCCGAACUCCGAUUGCUGCGGCUCAUUUGUACAUAUAGGCACCAAUUUUUCUAGUGGUUUUCUUUCUGCGCAGCAGCUGAAUUGGCAGAAUAAGCGAAUGGAAAUAAUUAAAAAAAAACGAAUAUUUAUCCCGUCACAACCACCCACCCGCAUACCUUCUUACUCAUAUGUGAAUUUGCAUACACACUACGCUCACAAACACACAAGACCAUUCCGGAUCAGUACGAUUGAAUAAUGUCACUUAACAAACAAACUGCUGCAAAUGCAAAUAAGCGAAACGCAAGUGUAAUAAACAAUUCCAAUGAUAUAAAAAAAUACAAAGGGAUAGUGAAAGAAGAAGACAUUUUUGUCCGAUCAGAGGUAUCAGAAAAUUUUAAUAAACGAGAAGAAAAAAAAACAAAGACACGAUAAAUCAAACAAAGUAAGAAAGUUAUUUAAUUGAUUUAAUAUCUAUAAGAUGAAAUAAAGUAGUGAAAAUAAAUGACAGGAAUCAUUGGUAUAACAACUUGCAGCAAAACAUCCAGUUAAGGAGCAAACAACUCGACACUAAUUGAAUCCGCCACGACGUGAAAUGCGUCAAGGUGGCCAAGUUUGUAUUAAAUUUGAAAGAAUAUAGAAUGUGGUACUUCGAAAAAUGGCGAAAAGAAAUGAAAUAAAUAUCAAUAUGAAAAUUUAAA